UUCGUCGUAUGGAGCUCGAGCACAAACUCCUGCCUUUGCACACACUCGCGCGCUCGAACUUUUACGGGAGUUUUCAAACUUACGCACGAGCUUCAACCUCACGCACACGAGCUCUCUCCUGCCGCUCCGCGAGGAACAAAAGCCGCGUUGACUCGCGCUUUGAAACUAUUUGUUUAACUCCAAGAGUUUUUAUGUUUUCUUGUUAGUUAUGUUUGCCUGUGAGUGCUAUCUUACGGCUAAUAGAUGACAGCGCGCGAGGGUGUACAACUUUUUCACACGCGACAAGCUGAUAGUUAAUAGUUUAUAUUUCUAUUUUAUUCGUUUUAUUUAUAUGCAAAGUGUCUAUAUAGAGCAAAUACUCGAACUUGAACACUUUCAUUUCUAAUAUGGCUGUAUUCGUAUGGGACAUCAUUCUGGCGUUAUUGAUUUCUCCGGCUUUGCUUUCGGCGGAUCAGAGCGGCAUUAGGAGACUUUACGUGCUUCAACCGGGACCGAGUGGUACGGACCGGGUUCACGUGAGCUCCAUCACAUCUCUUUCAGGAACGUCGGGCCAGCCGCACUCAUACAAUGUGGAGCUCAAAGCCAGAUUCGGCGGCCAGGUCCGGACCAGGAGGAUGGGUCACCAGCCGAACCCGAGCAUUCCGAUCCACCAAGACCCUCAGCCUGUCCGCCACACACCCAGCCAUCAUAUGAAAGUGUCAGGAGUGAACGUCUGUGGGGGGCAGUGCUGUGUUGGUUGGAGCAAAAGUCCGGGAUCUCAGCGCUGUAUCAAACCUAAUUGUACACCCUCAUGUAAAAAUGGAGGAAUGUGCUUGCGGCCCCACAUGUGUGUGUGUAAGACGGGCUCCAAAGGCAAUUCCUGUGAACAGACCACUCUCCCCCCAUCCUCUCAUCCGACCGGACCACUAAAUGGACACACCAAAGGUGGACUUCCAAACGGCGGCCAUACAAAUGGAUACGGCAAUGGUCAUAAUGUUAUUCCCCAGCGGCCCAUUCCUCAGCAGACCUUCCCACAAGGCCAAGGCCAGGUCCCAUUACCAUUGCCCGGCACAAGCGUGGGACAUAUGACCCUGUCCAUGAAGCAGUCAGCUAAUGGACCCAUCCCUUACCAACCACAAGUGCAAAAUCCAGUUUCAAUGCACCAAAGCAAAGGCCAGAAAUUCAUGAUUCAACAGAAAAACUACCACACUCAGACACAGAUGCAUGGAGUCGGACCCACCUUCAACCGGCCUAUCCCACUUUCAGUAGGACACAACCCACUUUAUGUGGGAAAUCAAACCGGCCGGAUCAAAGUGGUCUUCACCCCAACUAUCUGCAAGAUGACCUGCAUUAACGGACGCUGUCAGAACAGCUGCGAGCCGGGCAACACCACCACCAUCAUCAGCGAGAACGGGCACGCCACGGACACGCUCACCGCUCCCAACUUCAGAGUCGUUGUUUGCCAUUUACCCUGCAUGAAUGGAGGAAAAUGCAGCGCUCGGGACAAGUGCCAGUGCCCACCCAACUUUACAGGAAAAUUCUGCCAAAUGCUAAAUCCCAACGGUCACCAGGGGCAACAGACAGCGGUAAAUGGGCAGAAGACACAUGUCCACUCAACACACACUCUUCCCCUAACCUAUGGCACUGGGCAAAACCAAGGUUUGGUGAAUGUCCAUGUAAAACAUCCCCCAGAAGCUUCGGUUCAGAUUCACCAGGUGUCUUCUGUGGACAGUAAUGGGCAAGUGAAGAACUCACAGUCCAGCCACUCCUUCACCUACCACAUCACCGAAUCCAGCAGUAGUCAGAACAUCCAGCAUGGGCACAAUCAUGGCGGAGUUAUUUACCCCAACCAACAAACAUAUCUCCAGUACCAGCCGGUGACAUCCAAAAGCCAGCUGGGACGAUGCUUCCAGGACACCACAGGAAUGCUGUGUGGGAAAGCUCUGCCUGGCCUGUCUAAGCAGGAUGUUUGCUGUGGGACGGUGGGAACAUCAUGGGGAUUCCACAAAUGCCAGAAAUGUCCCAAAAAACCAUCAAUUCCUCUUCAGAGGCCAACCACCAUGAUUGAAUGUCCUCCAGGCUACAAGAGGUUGAAUGCCACCCGCUGCGUCGAUAUUGAUGAAUGUCAAAUUCAAGGUGUUUGUCCCAAUGGACAAUGCAUCAACAACAUGGGCAGCUACAAGUGUUACUGCAACACCGGCUUCAUGCCUGACCCCACCCUCUCCACCUGCAUCCCCGAAACACCUGCCAUUCUUGAGGAGAAGGGUGCUUGCUUCCGAUUGGUCAGUUCGGGAAAGCAGUGCUUGCACCCCGUGUCCACUCAGCUGAGUAAACAGUUGUGCUGUUGUAGUGUGGGCAAAGCUUGGGGGCCUCGCUGUGAACACUGCCCUCUACCUGGGACAGCUGCAUUUAAAGAGAUAUGCCCCGGAGGAAUGGGUUACCAUGUUACCACACCACAUAUUUACAAGCCCAAAUUCCCUGCUGGACAUGGCCAGCCAGACGGUCAUGGGCAUAACAACCCCACUAUCAAACACCAAGCACCUGUGGACCCCCCUGUGCCUUUCCCCACCCAGCCGCAGCCUGUAGAGGCUCUCAGCAUCACAGAGAGGCAACUACCAGAGGUGAAAGAGAAGGUGUCACCACCUGCUCCAGUCGAAAUUCUGCCUUCUCAUGCAAGUCAGGAUAUUUCGCCGACACAACUGGCAGAGGUUGACGAGUGUUACGUGAAGCCCUUUAUUUGUGGUCCAGGACACUGUUAUAACACGCCUGACAGCUACGAAUGCAUCUGUGAAACUGGGUAUGAAACAGACAGCACCACGUGUGUAGAUGUUGAUGAGUGUGCAGUGACUCCAGGUUUGUGUGGUAAUGGUCACUGUCAGAACACUCCAGGCAGUUUCCAGUGUGCUUGUGAUCCUGGCUUCAUGUCUAAUGAGGAGGGCACCAGAUGCUCGGAUAUUGAUGAAUGUCAGGAUGGACGAAUGUGCCCAUCUGGUCUCUGUUCUAACACUCCGGGAUCAUUCUUUUGCUCUCCGUGUCCGGAUGGAUUCGAAGGAAGAAAUGGCCAGUGUGUUGAUAUAAAUGAAUGCCUAGAUGAAAAUGUGUGUGCUCAUGGCUACUGCAACAAUCUGGAGGGCCAUUUCGUCUGCACGUGUGAUAAAGGUUUUGCUCUCAGUUUGGACGGCAAAGCGUGCACAGACAUUGACGAAUGCCAGGAUGAUCGCAUCUGUAUCCAAGGUCACUGUCAGAACACAGAGGGGUCAUUCAUCUGUAAAUGUGAGGCGGGCUUUACACUUUCCUCCACAGGAGACCAGUGUGACGAUGUGAAUGAGUGUUUGGAGUUACAACAGAGUUGUGAUGGCGUGGGCAGCUGUGUUAAUAUAUUUGGCUCAUACCAGUGCAACUGUCAAGAGGGAUAUCGACAAGUAAACGGAACCAGCUGCCAGGAUGUUGAUGAGUGUGAAGAAGACACACAGCUGUGCUUCCCAAAUGGAGAGUGUUUGAACACCGAGGGUUCAUUCCUGUGUGUGUGUGAUGCUGGCUUUGUAUCCACGCGUGAUCCAGCGGGCUGUGAAGAUGUAGAUGAAUGCGUAGAUGACAGCAGGUGUGUAAAUGGUACCUGUUCAAACACGGAGGGAUCGUAUUUAUGCCAAUGUAAAGGAGGCUACCGCCUGGACCCAACCAGUCAGGCAUGCCUGGAUAUUGAUGAGUGUGCUGAACUCGGGACGUCUGUUUGUGGGGCAUGGGAUUGCCUAAACACACCGGGCUCUUACCGAUGUGAGGUGACUUGUCCCCCCGGCCAUUCCCGAGGCGACCACGGCACCUGCAAUGAUGUGGAUGAGUGUUCUCUGAAUGAGAAUACCUGUGGAAGUCAUGGUGUAUGUCAGAAUACAAUUGGCUCCUUCAGCUGCCAGUGUGAUCCGGGAUUUAAGGACUCUCAGGAUGGGCAGGGCUGUGUGGAUGUGAACGAAUGUGAACAACUCAUUCGUGUGUGCGGUGAGGCAUUCUGUGAGAACCAAGAAGGAUCUUUCCUGUGUUUGUGUCUGGAUGAGACUCAAGAAUUCGACGCAAAGUCUGCCAAAUGCUUCUCUACACCCCCAGCACAGUCGGUGGAGAGGAAGGAGUGCUACUACAACCUGAACGAUGAGAAUCUGUGUGAUAAUGUGCUGGCCAGCAGUAUGACUAAAGAGGAAUGCUGCUGUACACUGGGAGCAGGAUGGGGUGACAACUGUGAGGUCCAUCCCUGCCCCGUACCGGGAACAGAUCAGUUCUCUCAGAUGUGUCCUGCGGGCAAGGGUAGCGUUCCUACCGGAGAGUCUGUGAUUCCUGGAGCUAGUUUAGCACAACGCUAUAAAGACGCAGAUGAAUGCGUACUUUUUGGAGAGGAGAUUUGCAAAGAUGGCUAUUGUCUCAACACCCCUGGUGGGUAUGAAUGUUACUGCAGAGCCGGUCUUUACUACGAUGAGAACAAACUGCAAUGUAUUGACACUGAUGAAUGUGAGGAUGAGUCUAACUGUAUAGAUGGUCAAUGUUUAAACUCAUAUGGUUCAUAUCUGUGUUUCUGCAAUCCUCCGCUGGUUCUCGCACAUGAUGGCAAUCACUGCACGUCACCAGCAAUGGCAGGACAAACAGAAGGAGAUGUGUAUGGAGGUAUUUGCUGGGAGACAGUGACAGAACAGCUCACCUGUACCAAGCCUAUAGCCAACAUACAAACCACAUUCUCAGAGUGCUGCUGUUUAUACGGCGAUGCCUGGGGAAUGGACUGCGCUCUCUGCCCCCAAAAAGAUUCAGAGGCCUAUGCCGCUAUGUGUAAUAUACGUCACCAUGGUGGUCCUCUUCGACCGUAUGGUCGAGAUGCUCUGGUCGCUGGCCCAAUUCAUGAGUACGAAAUCAGGCCGGAGUACGACCCUCAACCUCUUAACCCUGACGGCACUCUGCCCCACUUUGAAGAUUAUGACCCAGCCAGAAGUCCUUAUGAUGCAUUUGAAGGAUUGCGAGCGGAGGAAUGCGGCGUACUUAAUGGAUGUGAGAAUGGUCGAUGCGUUCGAGUACAGGAGGGAUACACCUGCGACUGCUUUGAUGGAUACACACUUGACAUGUCCCGAAUGGCCUGCGUGGAUAUUAAUGAAUGCUCAGAGCUGAAUUCAAAGAUGUCUCUUUGCAAGAACGGAAAGUGCAUCAACACGCAAGGCUCGUAUAAGUGCGUCUGUCUGCCAGGAUUCGUCCACUCCGCCCAGCUCAACUACUGCGUAGCCCAAACACAGAAAGGAACCAGCUCAAGCAGGGAGUGACCACCAGGGGGCACCAGAUAUUACAUUUUUAUUUAAUCAAGGCCCAUAUACUCUGCACUGUAUAAAAGCAAACACCCAAAAAUCAAGUACAAAGAAACUUUCUUACUUGAGAUGAAGAGUUUAAUGUGCUAUCUUAUGGUGUCUACAAGAGAACUGUAUAAAAUAUUGAUCUAUCUAAGUUUAUUAUUAUUUCUCUCUUAGAAAGUAGAAAGACGUUUUAUGUGUGAAGAUUGGCGAGAUAUUUCAGAAAAUUGACAAACCCUAUGACCUUAAACUGGGGGACUGCUUUAUUUUACCCAGUCAAAGACACCACGCAGGUGGAUAUUUUACUAAUGCAACGUCUAAAAUCGACAAAAAACUUUUCUGAACUGAAUUUUAUAUCACCUACUUCUCAUCUCUCUCCGUUUCUCUCUCUAUCUCUCUCUCCAUUCUCUCUCUCUCUAUUUUUACUUUUUUACUUUAAGGUCUUAGUGAGGUCGACGAAACACACACACCAGCAAUAUACAGAUUUAUAGUGUACACACACACUCAAGCACACACACCUGUAAUAUACAGAUUUAUAGUACACACACACACACACACACAACAUGUUUCAGUGUUAAGUCUUUAAAAUAAGCUUUUAUAUAUGAGCUGCUUUGUAUUAAUGACAGAUACCAGCUGAUUCUUUGUGUUUGUGACGUUGGUCCACUGCAGAUGUCUGCCCUGUGGAGCAGGCAUUACCUUUAACCUCACGUUUCUUUUAGAAAUUAUUGUUAUUAUUAUAUUUCCUUGAAAAGAAAAUAAUAAAAUGAAGUGCCUUUAUGUAUUUUUUUAAAAAGAACUCUUUUACUGCAUUUUAUAAAGUUGGCGAAAUGUCUUGCCAAGUUGCAAAGCUGCUAUUAAAACAGCCGUGGGAUUUUUUUCACUCUCUCUCUCUAUUGCUCUUUGUUUUUAUUUUUUUUGUACAUUUAAACUGAAGAGUUGAUUAAAAACUAUGUAUUUGUAAUUUGUACAUGAAUAACCAUAUUAUGUAUUGAAAAUAAAACUUUAAAUAAACCAGAAAUUGUGACGUUUAUACAUGCUAA